ACUUUGGAGCCGGCUUUUCGAAUGGCAGUGAGUUCUUCUCCAUGGACUGCGCCCUGGACGCAUCCUCUCACCCCAAGUCCAUCUGGCGCAACGUCAUAAACCUCCUGCUCCCCUUCAUCCUCAAGACCGCCCUGAUCCUGGGCUGCGUGGCCGCCACCCUCUGGACCGCCGCCCCCGGGCGGCUCCUGAAGCGACGCAUCAUCGUAUGCAUCUAUAUGGUUCUCUACGUCUCCUACUUCGACGCGACGUCUCGGCUCGUCCGCGCCUUCUCCUGCGUGCGAGCGGACGACGAGGACGUGCAGGGCCUGCCUGACUCGACGGCCCUGGGGCAUUACUGGACGGAAGACACAUCCGUAGAGUGCUUUGAGGGAAAGCACCUGAAGUUCGUGCUGGGAAUCGGCGUGCCCAUGCUGCUGUUGAUCCCCGUGGGCCUGCCUCUCUGGCUGGUCGCCUUCCUGCGCGCCAACCGGAACAAGUUCUCUGACCUGGAGUUCUUGGGCACGUACGGGGAGCUGUACAACGGCUACAAGAGCGAGCACGCCACCUGGGAAGCGAAGGUAAUGCUGCGCAAGGCGCUGCUGUCGCUGGUGGCGGGGUGGGCGCGAAUGGGAGGGAAGCUGCAAGGCGUGCUGGCCGUCGGCAUCCUCUUGAUCAGCGCCUUCUUGCACAUGCGCGCCCAGCCCUACAGCGCCUCCCUGGCGAUACUCAACAGGGUCGAAACCCUCUCGCUGGCCGUCUCCAUCCAAGUGUACAUGACGGGCCUCAUCCAAAACGCGCCCACAACCAAGGACAGCGCCAAGGCCGCCAUCACGGUGAUGGCGUUCGUGUCCGUUCUGGGCCUCGUGUCCUUCCUCCUGCGCAUCCUGGUGGUGGAUACGGGCAACUUCCUCGACAACUUCCUCGACAGGAAUUCGCUACUGGGGAAGGCGGAGGGGGCGACCGAGAUCGACAAGGUGCGCAUCCUGGCGGAGCACUACUGGCAAAGGUUCAGGGACGGCAGGUGGAGGUGCAUGGGGAAGGUGACGGGGAAGGCGGGGUUGGCUGAGUGCGUGAGGGAUGGCAACGACGUGGGGGAGGAGCAAGGGUCGCCAAGGGAAGCGGACCAGCCGCCGCCGCCUGAAGAGGUCGCCGCGCCGCGGCGCAGCAGCGUGGACCGCAUCACUGCUUCCAUCAGAAGCUGGUGGAAUGGGUGCUGA